AUGGAUGAAGAGAUGGAAAAGGCCACAAGUCCAAAAGACAAUUAUGAUUUAAUAGAAAUUAAGAAUUCCCUUAAAUCCCUUCAUUCCUUUCUUCAAAACAAACACCGAUCUGAUAUAGCCCAGAUCGACGACAACGCUUUGUUUGACACCGAUGAUUAUUCGGAUAAAGGAACAAACUGCUCUGAUCCCUACUAUGUGCUUCAUGUCGAUAGCUUUACCCAAGCUUAUGACACUGCUGUUAAAUCACGUACCGGAAGAGAGAGGUUCAAUAUCAGACAAGCUCUUACUGGCAACCGUAAGACAAAAUCGGAGUUUUACGGAAAGAUAAAUAUAGUUUACGGAGAAUUAAUGGAGAAAGCAGAUUCUUUAGGAGAACUAAUCCAAAAAUUAGAAGGUCAAGUAGCUGAGAUUGCGACUGCCAUAAAAAGAGAUGCUGGUUGUCUUCCCAGAAGAACUGAUUUAAACCCGAGACGUCAAGUCAGUGCCGUAAUGCUGCGUAGCGGGAAAAACCUUGCAGCAGAUACGAGGAAUAACUCAGAUGUUGGAAAGCCUGACAACGCCGACAAAACCGGAAAAAGCAACUCUCACCCUAUUCUUCUAAAUGAUGUUGACCCAAAUCCAUCUCAAGAGAACCGGAAAACCACCGCUGAAAAGGCUAAGGAAAAGGCAAUAAACUUAGAACUAGAAGAAGAUACGAAGAUUAAGGACGAAAUCGAUCGACAGUACGGAACUGACGUCGAUCGACCUAAAACACCUACCAUCGAUCGACAACCUGAAAAACCCGUCGAUCGACGGUCUACUCAACCCGAACCCAUAAUUGAAAGACUCUAUCGAACUUUACCCCCUUUUCCUCCUAAAACACAAACUAAGAAAUCAUUUGAAAACGCGAUCUGCAAGAAAGCCUUAGACAAAAUUUCUGUUGAAAUGUCCCUUAGUGAUGCUAUAAAGAUAGCACCAUCGAUUAAGAAGUAUAUAAAGGACAUGACAUCUCCAAACUACCCAAUUGCAGAACAUAGCGUGAUGAUGAUUUCAGAAAAGGUAAGUGCUAUGAUUAAAGGAGAAACUCCAACAAAGAGAUCAGAACCUGUGACAUUAGGAUAUAGAGAGUUCAUGCCAACUCCGAUCACCCUGGUUUUAGCUGAUAGAUCUAUUAGGGUACCCGAGGGAAUUCUCGAAGAUGUUCCCAUAAAGAUUAACGAUUGCAUCGUGCCUACGGAUUUUGUUGUGUUGAAAUACAGACAAGAACCCAAAGACCCCCUCAUUCUGGGUCGGCCAUUCCUAGCUACAGCUGGAGCAAUCAUUGACGUCAAAGAAGGACGAAUUAAUUUGAACUUUGGGGAUAUCUCGAUGACUUUUGAUAUGGAAAAACUGAUUAAGCGACCCCUAAUAGAUGACCAGGCCUUCUACGUGGAAAAAGUUUCUGAGGAUGAAAGAGACUCUUUCAUAAACAUGUGUUCAGACAACUCCUUAGAAGAUACCCUUAACCAUGUGGAAAAUGAAAUUUUCAGCAUAUCAGAUAGGACAGACGAUUACAUGUGA